CGAUAACUGUGAUAAUGGCGGGGAGGCCGGGCAGCGGGAUAGGUCGAAAGUCGCAGCGGCAUGCAGGGAGCUGAUAAAGCUCCACAGGAAAGUCAGUGAAGCAGAAGACUAGCGAUCGUCAGAGGCUGCUGUUCUGAUUGAAUCUCCCAGUUGGAACCUGCGUUCCCCUGGUUCACCAGACUUGAGGAGGGCUCGGAAUAGGAGUUGUUGCAGGAAGAUGGUAGCUUGAAAGGAAUGGGUGGACAUGUAGUCAAGCGUGACCUUUGAAUGGAUCUGAAUCCUUCUGCUCCCGAAAGAUAGAGGAAUCGUCAAUCUUGCAGUUGUUGUUCGGGUUUGUUGACGUUGCGACAUCUCUGGUCCUGCAUGACAAAUCCGAUUCAACUUUGACGUUUUCACUCGGAUCUUGCCGCCAUGAAGAGAGCGGAAGCUGAACAUGGAGGUCACACAAGUGGAGGGGAGUCCGGUGACGAGCUCUCGACCAGAAGAAUUGAGCUCAGGACUGUGGCCCAACGAUACCAGGACGCUUUCGAGCACGUUAGCAAUGGGUUCCGACAAAGAGGAGGAGGAAAGAAAGACUCUGUCUCCAACUGCAGGAGCUUCAAGCUCCGCGUGCGGGCGCACGAGGACAAGUCAGACGGCCCUGAGGUGAACAUCUGGAUGUCGUUGCUGCCGGAGUACCCCCGCACACCGCAGUCCCUAGAGCUG